AUAUUACUGUAUAAUAUAACAAUAUCCCAUGAUGUUGCAAAUAAAGAAAACUGUAUAAUUUACUCAUGGAAUCCGUAUUAAAAUCUCAGGCAAUGCACUGGACUGUAUUUCUUUCGAAAGAGACAGAGGAUGAGUAUCUUACCAUGUCAAAAGGGAAGGAAGAAACAUCAGCAGAAUUGUAGGCUUUCAAAUAAUAAAGGAAGUUUGGCUUCUGCUGUGGUUCAUAACAGCAACAGGCUCUGGAGGAGAGAUCAGGACAGGACUGGAAGUAUGGCUUCAUUGGCACUGCUUAUUGCCCUUGUGUUGUGCCUGGGAGGCAGAACUGCUCUUUGCGACCUCUCACUGAAAGUGCCACAUGAAACACAAGGAGUAAGAGGUGACUCGGUGGUUAUACCCUGCACUUACACGCCCUCUGCACGCUAUACGGAACAUGAGGUUCACUGGUAUGCUGAUGAUGUCAAAAUAAUCAGUCGAUUUGAUUCCCAGUCACACAUUCUAAAGGCUGACUUCGAAGGCAGACUCAAAGUGGCCGACACUCGUGCCGGAGACGUGUCUUUAACCAUAAAAAAUCUAAGAACUAUAGAGAGGGCUGACUACAGGUGUGAGGUCAUCUGGAAGUCAAGUGAUGGAUUUGUCACCAAACAAGGAAUCAGCAAACUCAUGGUACUUAGAGUUCGACCCGCUACAGUUCGACCUGCUACAGUUCGACCCGCUACAGUCCGACCCGCUACUCAGAAACCAGAAGUGAAUAUUGGCACUAGCAAGAUCGAUGACAUGAAUAGAGCUACAAUGGGUUCAACUAAGAAGCCCAAUGUGCCCGCUAUUAUUACCGGAGGACGUGCCACAGUUCAAACUACUACUAAGAAACCAGAAAUGGUCAACAACAUUAAUACAGUUCGACCCACUACUAAGAAACCAGAAGUGAAUAUUGUCACUAUGAAUAGAGUUCAACCUACUACUAAGAAACCAAAAGUAAUUACUGUCACUAGAAAAGUCAACAACAUUGAUGAAGCUACAGUUCCACCCACUACUAAGAAACCAGAAGUGAAUAUUGUCACUAUGAAUAGAGUUCAACCUACUACUAAGAAACCAAAAAUAGUUACGGUCACUAGAAAAGUCAACAACAUUGAUGAAGUCACCUCGCGGAAUACUGCUUUCCCUACAAACAGGAAAAGUAGCACCGCCAGGGGCGGCCAUACCACAGGAGAGAUGGGCAACUCACAGAAGAGUCAGAUCCCCGUGUUGCACUCUCCCAAAGAUGCUACUGAAACCGCAAAACUGGAUUAUAUAAUAAAAGGCUCAGGAGUGCCACUCUAUAUUAUACUGCUUAUUGCUCUGGUCUGUGCCCUCUCCAUUUGUACAUUAAUUAUUGUCUUCAUCACCAGAAGAAAUAAAAAUGCAUAUUACAGUUAUAACAUGCCCACCAUGGCCCAGUUGGCUAUGAGGCAAGAAGGAUCUGCUCCAAUUGCCUUUGGCGAAUAUUCAUCCUGCGCUUGUCAAACCCCACAAACUGAAAAUGAUUACCAUCCAUGCAAGCAGAUGCCUGAAACUGAGUAUGAAGUCAUGGCAGCUCAGGCCAGCAAUGAAUAUGAAUUGCUGAUACCAGAGAGAGAAGUACUUCCCAGCUGUUCUGCUCUUACAGAACCGAAUCCUGCUGUUCCCCCCUCUCCCAGAAGCACAUUUCUAAAAUGAUUCUCUAAGAACUUUGCCCACUAAGGCUUGAUUUUCUUCUCAUAUCAUCCCCCCCCAACAGUUACUCUGUACCUCUUCCCUGGCUGUGCCCCAAUUCUGCAUGUACAUAUGGUUGUAUUUAAAUCAUACCAACAAUGUAUAUAUACACAUUUAAUAAACAUAAGAAAAGUA